CAAUAAGAAAAAGUAAAGGGACACGUCGCAUAAAGUGGAUAUAAUAUUUUUUCCAAAAUGAAGUUUUCUCUAAUUUUAGGGCUAGCUAUCUGUAUAAAUAUAGCAAUAGCUGAUCAAGAAACUUUAGUCUUGGUUGAUAACCUUAAUAUAAGAGAAACUCACUCACAAUUCUUUAAAUCGUUGCAAGACCGUGGUUACGUUCUUACAUUCAAGUUGGCCGACGACGGCAAUCUACUUCUCUCCAAGUAUGGCGAAUAUUUGUACAAAAAUCUUAUAAUAUUCUCACCUUCUGUGGUGGAAUUCGGAGGUCAAAUCGACACAGAAGCUAUCACCAAAUUUAUAGAUGAUGGUGGUAAUGUUUUGGUGGCGGGCAACGCCGCUGCCGGCGAUGUGUACAGAGAAAUUGCUACUGAAUGUGGAUUUGAGAUGGAUGAGGAAUCUGCAGCGGUAAUAGAUCAUUUCAACUAUGACAUGUUAGAUGAUGGAGAUCAUACCAGAAUAGUGGUGUCACCAAAGAAUCUUAUAUCAGCACCUACUAUUGUAGGCGAGCACAACACCCAGCCGCUGCUGUUUGAGGGAACAGGAUUGAUUCUGGAUAAAGACAAUAGCUUAGUGUUGCCAAUACUAACUGCUGAUAGCACUGCUUACAGCUAUAAUCCAAAGAGUCAGGUUAAAGAGUAUCCCCAUGCAGUUGGACGAAAGACUGUCUUGAUUGCAGCUCUACAGGCCAGGAAUAACGCCCGCAUUGUCUUCAGUGGAUCUAUGUUCUUCUUUUCUGAUGACGCAUUCAACUCUCCAGUGGCUAAAGUGCAUGGUGAUAAAGUGAGUAGCAAUCUUUCCGGCAAUAAAGCUCUUGCUGUACACCUCAGUGAGUGGGCGUUUGGAGAACGGGGACGCUUACGUGUUAGACGUGUGCACCACAACAGAGAGGGUGAAAAUGAGUCCUCAAACACAUACACCAUUACUGAUACUGUUGUUUACAGAAUUGAAAUUGAAGAGCUGAAGAAUGGUAAAUGGCAACCAUUUGAUGCAAAUGAUGUUCAACUAGAGUUUGUCCGAAUUGAUCCAUUCAUCCGUACAACACUGAAGAAGAAACCUAAUGGAGUGUAUGAAGCUGUGUUCAAAGUGCCAGAUGUGUGGGGAGUGUAUCAAUUCAAAGUGGACUAUGAUAGAAUUGGAUAUACGCGGCUUUAUCAUACCACACAGGUAUCUGUGCGCCCUCUGCAGCAUACUCAAUAUGAGCGCUUCAUUCCUAGUGCUUACCCAUAUUAUGUCAGUGCAUUUUCCAUGAUGGUUGGCGUAUUUCUAUUUUCAAUUGUGUUCCUUUACUACAAGGAGGAUACUCCUAAGACCAAGAAUGAAUAAACGCCACAAGUUAUUGUUUUAGUAACUAGAUUUAGAUUGCUUGAUUCU